UGACAACUAGACACCACCCGACGACGGUACAGUUACAUUCGGAACAAGGCUAGCACUGAGGGAUGACAUCGCUGCCUGUUGGCGUGGUCCUCUGCCUAACAGGCUGGAUCACUCUCUACACACUACUGUGUAAUACCAAUGGAAGCCGUGGCUUUGAGUGGAACUGUAGGCUGGUCACACUGCUCCAUGGCAUCCUGGCGGUCUGCAUAACAGCAUACAUAGGCUAUGUGGAAGGACCUUGGCCCUUCACACAUCCAGGCACAAAGAACACCCCCCUUCAGAUCAGUGCUAUGGUCAUUAGCCUGGGCUACUUCAUCUUCGACAUGGGCUGGUGUAUGUACUUCCGCACUGAGGGCCCGGUGAUGCUGGUCCACCACACCAUGAGCAUCCUGGGUAUCUUGUUGACCCUGAGCUUGGGGGAAUCAGGCAUCGAGUCCUGUGCCGUAAUCUUUGCUAGCGAGAUCACCAACCCCCUGCUGCAAGCUCGCUGGUUCCUGAGACAGUUGGGUCGCUAUGAGAGCCUGACAGGGGAGGCGGUCGAUGUUCUGUUUGUAGUGCUAUUUGUGUUCAUGCGCAUAGUGGUUGGCGGGAGGAUGUUGUACUGCGAGCUCAUCUCCCCACUGCCCAGGUUCAUUAUAAAGUGUGGGGGAGUUGCCAUGUAUGUGCUGUCCUGGGUGUUCAUGGUGGACAUUGGUCGUUUCACCUACCGCAAGAGUCAAUCCAAAUACAGACGCUGGAGAGACCAACACAGACUGGCAACAGUUAACGGACGUGAUAGAAAGACAGACUGAAAGACUUCCUUAUCUUUAGAAGAUUAAUAAAAAUGUCCAAUGUUUAUACUAAUAGACCACCUUUAUUCAUUUAAUGGUUGUGCAUACUGUAAGCAUGGGGUCAAAGUCAAGCCAUUCUUUAGGCCUAUAUGGUUAUUGGGGAAUAUUUGUUGGUAUUUAGCUAACACUUGUAUAUAUAUAUAUUUUUUUUAAAUUAAAAACAAGUGCAAGAGAAUGUUGCAAAAGUAUCUUCAAAAAUGUACAACUGUAACAAAAACAAUUGAGACAUAGUUUGUCUUUCAAACCAAAGGCCCUAGUGCCAGUAUGAUGAACACAUGUAUUUCACAACCUAAUUGCAAUGAACUGUAACCUAAUAGUAUGUUCUUCUAACCUUGUAUCCAGCAAUAAAUUGACUAUUGGGAAGCAGACAAAUAACGUUCUCUAAUCCUCAUAGGUUAGGCCACACCUUUUUUGAUGCAGUGAAAUUGAACCGAAACUGACUGUUUAAUUCCUUUUGCAGUAUUUUGUUGUUGAAUGCAGUAGUUUUCCUGCAGAAAUUCUACUUUUAUAAAUAUUUUGCAAUGUGUUGAGUGUAAUUUUUCUAAUUUCAGUCUAAUUCAAAUUGUGGUAGAAUUUAUAAGCCAUUUCAAAAUAUUCCAUGGAAUAUCCCAAGUUCCAUUCCAUUUAUUUUUUAGGAAGAUGUUUAUUAACGCUCGCUGAGAUUGCAGUGUUACAUGACACUGGCUUUUAUAUAACAUAAAACUCAGUAAAAAGCUAAAUGUUUCUUAUGAUAACUGUCUUUCCAUUUAGCUACAAUAAUGCUUUGCACAAAAGUUAUUCAUUAAAGCUCACAGCAACAACAAAUCCGUAACAAUCAGUAACAAAUUAUUUGUAUUUGUGUAACAAACUGAAAUAAUAUGUUUAGUGGCAUUCUAUUGCUUGAUUGAGUGUAUAUUAGUCAUUGUAAAUUAGUUUGAAAUACCAAUUGGUAAACAACAAUUUGUGCUAAAUGUUUGUGCACUGUAUUGCUUAACAUGUUCCAGUAUGAUGCUAGGUCACAUUUCCCAAUAUUGUAUGCAUUCAUAUUUGAAAUUCACUACUUUUCAAUGAAAUAUUUCAAUCUGGUGCCUAAAUAGUUAGAUACAAUUUGUAUGUCAACAUUCUGUGUGUCUGUGAUAAGGGAGAAUAAUACAAGUGUGCCUUUGGGACAUUAUACGUGUUCAAAUGUAAUGUUUACUUUUGUUGUGUGUUCAAUAAAUACCCUGAAUACGGA